CCAUGUUCCACACUAAUACAUUUUUAGUUUAAAACUCCAUAGUCAGUUACCUAACGUCAUUGUUUUUGAAAGUAUCCAAUACUAGCGGGCGUUUUCAAAAGCUCAGUUUUAUGCAAAGGAAAACCCUGUUCUAGUGUGGAUGAGAGACGAAAAUCUAACUAGAUCAUUGCAUUUUCAAACAAAAAUAUAUUGGAUGUGGCCUAAGUUGUGCACAUCCCCAGUCCUUUGCAUGAUCAUUUAUUUAAUAUUUUUGGCUAAUUUAACUGUGGUCUUAUCUAGCAAGGAAAGUGUAGUCUCAGCCUUGUUUAAGACAUUUUACCAUGUUUAAAGGUGCAUUCAGUAGUUUGGAGCCAAUUUAAAAAGUUUUACACAUUAAUGAGUGAAUUGUGUUUUUUGUGAAGUUUGAACCGAAUGGUCAAUGGUCACUCACAUGAGAUGAAGACUGUACUCAUAAUAGUUUUCUAUAAAAAGUGUUUUAUUCUACAUGGUGCGGGUCACCCCCUUCAAUGUGUUUCGCCAUGUUGAAAUCACAUGACCCGUGGUGUUUCACUAAACGUCGAAGAAGAGAAUCCUCGCGCUCAUUGGCUGCCGCCUGUGUAGAUAGAUACGCUUGGUUAUGCUUAGAACAUUGUUGUUUGGUGACGCGAAGAGCGAAAAGAAUCAGAAUGAGCUUUAUUGCCAAGUAUGCUUACACACACAAGGAACAUUGUCAUGGUGACAGAACACAAUGGAACAUACUUAUUUAUCGUGCUUUAGCAGCGGAGACAACAGGAGAUCCAGUAGCUGUAUUGCUGAAGAAGCAAAAAAAGGUCUGAAGCAACUUGCUUCAAGCAAGAAGAAAAAAAACAAACAAACGGUAGCGGUAAGGCAUCUAUGUCUUCAUUAAUUUUGUGCAAAAUAGCUUGGCACAGCGAUUGUUGUGGAUUUUGUGUAAACCUUGACGUUGGUUGCUUGGAAAUAAAACGAGUUCUUCAAAUACAGUAUUCAUGGACAUGCUAAAUUUGAUCAUCAAAAACAAUUCUAAUCUUUCCUUUACCAUAACAUUCUGUAUCGCUAGAUAAUUGAGGUUUAUUUUAUGCUAAUCUCUCCAAAGAUUAUUGAUAUGAGGGACAAUAAUAAUCUAUCCUUAACAGUAGAAGCAUGUUCACUUCAUUUCUGACAUUUGUUUUUAGGCAAAGCAAAUAUAUUAUAGAAGUAAUAAAUAACUUUAGAAAUUACCUCAAACUCCGGCAUUUUCCAGUUGCAAAUGAUAUUCCAAAGCUGAUGGGGACAGCAGAGACGAUCAUGCUGAUCCACUUCAAAAGAUGGCAGUACAGCGUCUAACAUCACUGUAACAUCGGUACUUAAAGUACACGAAGAAGAGCAAUGCUAACGCUAGCUAGAGAACUACUGAAUGCCCCUUUAAAUCCAGAAUUCCACAGAUUAUCACCUAAAAUCAACGCACAAAAUGCCAAAUGGUCUGUAGAUUCCAUAUGGGCCCGCUUAUUGGUCUCUUUCAAGGAUAGUGGUGAUACGCUAUGCAUUUUUGUUGCCGUGUUUUUUUAUUUUGUUUUGUUUUUUGACUGAUACCAUGUCAUAAACCGGGGGAAGAAUCUUUUUCCUUUUAAGGGCCAUUCGAGUAUUUACAAAAUUAUUGGUGGACCAUACAAUUGCUUGCAAUUUCUGAUUGUGUGUUGAAAUAAAUGUACACAUUCUGUUACGUGCUCACGCAUUAAGAUUUUUUUUUAAUUAUUUUUUUUUAAUGGUCUUUCUAUUAUACUUUCUUUUUUUUGCUUGUUAUUAUUUAAAAUAAUUUUUUUUAUCAUUAAUAUAUUAAAUUAUGUAUUUCGUACAGUUAAUGGAACCAAGGACAGUGCAAAUGUCAAACAUUUUAGUGUCCUGUUGUGGACAACAUUAUGCACUAAUUAGGAUUGAAAAUAAGUCUUGGACCAAAUCACCAGUGUUCUCACCAUGGAGUUUUUGCAUCAACCUACAUGUUUCUGUGCUUUUCAUAAAAUUGCAAUGUAUUCUUUCCUGGCUUCUGCCCGUAAUUAUGCUGACAGGUCUCCAACCCUGCAUUAGUGUGGAAAUAAGUCAAAUCCUUAAUGCCUUGUUUUUCUUUGCAGUUUUUUUUCUCUCUCACCCUAUUAAGGCAGGAAAGGGUUACUUUCCAUGUUUCCUGUCCAAUUCCCCCAGCUCCAGCUCCUUUCGGAUCACUUUCUUCAUACUAAACAUUCCCAGGCUCCCAUAACCUCCUGGCUUCCUUACACUGGCCAAGAGAGAUCCCAGAACACCUGACAGAUGGAGAAAGAGAGUGAGAGAGAGAGAGCUUUGGAUGUGUGAUCACCCCUGCUUUGACAAAAAAACACUAGUCUUCCUAAAUGGAAACCUGGGACAGAGCGGAACAAACAGACCGAAGUUAUUUGGACCUGACCCAGUGAUGGACCUGCUGAGAUGGUCUAAAUAUAGUCCCGUGGUGUACUGACUAAUUGACCUGUGAGCAGUAAUCAUUCCCAUCCCCUGAAAGCUCUUAAACAGCGAAGAGAGUCGAGACACUGCUGCCCCCCUGCUGCGCCUGUGCCAAAUACUAGAACAAACAGAGCUGACCAAGCAGAUCCAUACAGUGAUGAACUCAGAGCUUCACUAUGUUUUCAUGUGUCUGUCUACACAGGUUUAAGUUAACUUGGACAGGAUAUGGAUUUUAUUGUUUAUUUUUCUAAUGUUACAUUGCAAGAUUUGAACUUUAGCAAAUGGAUUGUUGAAAUGAAAUACUUUUGGGAUGUUUUCUGACAUGCUAUAAUUAAUCUAAAACUAUUUUAAACUGCAUUUCACUAAUUCUGUCUUUAUAAUAAUUUUAUUUUGGGGCUUAUUAGCUCUUUUGGAGGACAGUAGAGGCAGAUAGGAAAGUUGGAUAGAGAGAGGGGGAACAGAAUCGGGACAUGACCUAGACUGGACUCUCCAUGUGCCAACAGCUCUUUAUGUGUAAUGAGCAAGUGCACUACCUUCUGUGCCACAGAUUCAAUUUGCUUAUUCUUUUAUCAUUAUUAUGCAUGUAGCUUUAAUGACCUCGUAUUAAUUGAGCCUGCAUGCCCUGUUGAAAAGACCAGCAUUGCUGGUGUCCCUACAAAGCUUCAUUACUAGUUUAUCCAGCAAAACGUCCUUGGUCAACUGGUUAACCAUUUUUUAUUUUAUUUUUUGCUUGUGAACAAUAUGGCUGCAAUGGUCCAUCAGCUAGACUAACCAGCUUGAACCGGCAUGAAUUUCCAUGCUGGUUCAGCAGGGUUGGGUAUUUCUAAUUUAAAAUUGUAUUUGUCACUGCAUGACUAUGUAAAGUAAGCUAAAUAAGGCAAAAGGGUGAUUAAAAAUGCUGAUAAACUUUAAAGAAAUGGUGACCAGUCACAGGACCUUAGAGAUGCACUGUCCCUUAAUACAUUCAUACAUUUUAAUCUAAAAUCUUGACGUUAUAAAAAAAAAAAAAAAAAAAAAUCAAUGGACAUGUUAAGCAUCAACUACAUUAAUACAUUGGCAUAACCAAAAGACGAAACAAACAAAUUUUAAGUAAUGUUUAGUGAAAUCAUCACAUUUUGGAUAAGAUCAUUCUUUUUAAGCCUGGGUCUCCCUAAAAUUGCUAUCUAAUUUGCAUAGGCACAUUACAGUUUCUAAAAAUGCCAGUAUUAAAAUGCUCUAGAAGCGCUAUGGCUGUCUUGCUCUUUGCACAAUCAGUAGAAAGCUCUCUGCCGAGAUACAGUGUAUGCUACCUGCUUCCGAGCACUGCUACACAGACCUGUGACCAAAGCUUAACCUUCGGUCUCACAUAGGAAGUGGCCGCCACCCACCGGAUAUCCUCGUAACUCCCACGGCUAAAUAAAGCCGCCGAGCGAAGCAGCUGAUAGCGAGUGAGAUGUUCGCCCUCUGCUGCUUCAGCUGCUGUCAUUCUGACACUGCAGCUUGUAAAAAAGCUAGAGUCUCUUCCUCUCUCAUUCAGGCUUAGAUUCUGAAUUGGGGUUGGAAGCUUCCUGUCCCUUUACUUACUACUGUGAGUGUAUAUGGCAUCUUUGGGGUCAUGCAGCCAGGGAAUGCUGGUUUUAUGUUAAACAGAGUGAGGUGCAGCCACAGAAGAGGAUGAAGGAGACAAGAGUUUCCUUUCUGAUGGCUUAUUUGCAUUUAGACGUGUUUUUAAAAAGACAAAUCGUUAAUUUAACUUAUCCAGAAAGCAAUCUGAGCUACAGGAUGUUUACAUUUAUUCAUUUAGCAGACGCUUUUAUCCAAAGAGCCUUAAAAAUGAGGAGAACAAUAGAAGCGAUUCAUCCUAGGGGAGACGGUAGGCAGCAACGUGCUGUAAUACAUGUUUCAAAGGUUAGAGACAGAGGAAGAAUGGAAAGAUUUUUUUUUUUUUUUUUAAGCAAAGAGUACAUUAUUAGGGAGGGGACUCACUUGAGAGCUGUGUUUUUAGGUGUUUUUUGAAGGAGGCUAGAGAAACAGCUGCUCGAGUGGAGUUCGACAGGUCGUUCCACCAGCGGGGCACAGUCGAAGUAAAAGUCCAGGAAAUUGAUUUUUGUGUUUGUAGUGGCAUGGUCACUGGGGUUCUAAAUACAGUUAUUAUUUAACUAUUUAAUUAUUUUUAUACACAAUUUACAUUCAUAUUUAUUCAGACUACUCAAUGAUAACUCUAAGACUUUAUAGAUAUUACGGUUUCAUUUUCUGUAAAGCUGCUUUGAAACGAUGUGUGUUGUAAAAAGCGCUAUACAAAUAAAAAUGACUUGACUUUCUAUUAGAUGGCACCGCGAGACGCCGAUCCCCUGCAGAACGCAAGCUUCUGGCGGGCACAUAAACUGGAAGGAAUGAGUGAAGAUAGGGGGUGCAGAGCCAGUGGUUGUUCUGUAAGCAAGCAUCAAUGCCUUAAACUUAACAAGAGCAACCAUUGGCAGCCAGUGCAGUUCGAUGAAGAGAGGUGUAACGUGCCCUCUCUUGGGCUCGUUGAAGACCAAUCGUGUUGCUGCAUUCUUGAUCAAUUGCAGAGGUUUGAUUGUACAUGCAGGAAGACCUGCCAGAAGAGCAUUGCAGUAGUCCAAUCUGGAUAAAAUAAGAGCCUGGACAAGGAGUUGUGUAUCAUGCUCAGAGAAGAAGGAUCUUAUCUUCCUAAUGUUGUACAAAGCAAAUCUGCAUGAUCGGGCAGUCCUUGCAAUGUGGUCUGAGAAGUUCAACUGAUCGUCGAACACAUAACAUCAAGAUUUCUGGCUGUCCUGGAUGGUGUAAUCUUUGACAAGUGGAGUUGAAUGGUGAAAUUGUGAUGAACAGCUGGGCUCGCCGGAACCAUGAGAAGCUCCGUUUUUACAGGAUUGAGUUAGAGGUGGCGUUCUUUCAUCCAAUCUGAAAUGUCUCCCAGGCAGCUAGAGAUCUGAGCAGCUACCGUAGAAUCAUCAGGCUGGAUUGAGAGGUGAGCGGAGGGCUGUGGAAGGAGAAGAGGAGAAAGAAGGGGACUGCGGGUGGUCUUGAGACAGAGGUGCUGAAGAUUCUUUUGGAUCUUCAGUGAUAGUGUGGCAGGCAUGAAAACCCAAGAGCCCCGUUCCAGCCCUCUGAAAUCACAUACACAGAGUGAUGCACGGCCCCAGUCCCAGAUGAAGGGUCUCCAGUUUCGCAGCAUUGCCCCCAAAGCCCCUGCAAUGGUUCCAUCACCUGCAGUCCUGUCCUGCCAGCCUCCCUCAGCCCUUCCAGAAGCAUCCACGGCUGUCAGCCCCAAAUCCAUCCUCGUUCCUGCCCGGAACUACGCCCUCAUGCAAGUGGCUGGACAAGAGGGGACCUUCUCAUUAGUGGCCUUACCUCAGACACAACAGCAACAGUCAAUCCAGAAGAACCUUAAGCUGCCUAUUCCAAGAUACCAACCUGUGAGAAGCAGGGGCGCUCCAGAGAAAGCCAGUUGCAAGACACCGAGUCCAGCCAAGGUUUCGGCCACAACACAGGUUCGAUCAUCUGCUUUAACAGAGCAGAGUCCAGACCCAUCAUCUGAGAAGCUUGUUAUGAUUGACACUGCUUCAUCUGAGAUCUUUGUUGCACCCUUGCUACCAGGUUCACAGACAGAUCGAACAGUGGAACAAAAGAGUAAUGGAGGUCCACUCAACAACCUACACUACCCUUCUGGAGCCUCCAAAACCACGCUUGUUGCCCCUGUCAAUAAUAUCUCACCGGUUAAAACCCCAAUUGAGAGUCCAGCCUCAGCUGGCGGUGCCAUCACAGUUCUCUCUCCCACUAUCUUCAGCAAAGCUGUUCAGAUCAUUCCAUCUCCACCCAAGGGAAAGCUGCCCAUCCUACCCUAUGCCAAAGUGAAAAACUCCCUCCUGGCACCAUCCUGCCUUUCCAGCACCCAGCUCUCAGAGAGGCAGACUGUAAGUGGAGCCAAACCUCCAGACAGCAAAGCCAAGACCACAGACAACAAAGUUAGAAUUGAAAGCCAAGACCCUAACACCCAGUUGAAGAAGCCUCAAGGCAAAAGGCGAGGGAGGAAGAGGAAAACCAUGGAGGAUAUUCUGGCCUUCGAGGCCCGAAAGAAGAGAUCCUUGUCAUUUUUCAGAAGGAGAGUACCUGAGAAACCUCCAACUAGUGUGAGUUCUGCCUCCCAGGAGAAGUUGCUUGACCUAUCAAAAAAAUAUCGAAGUAUUCGUCCCAAGCCAGUACUGGUAAUGGAAGCCACUGUUCCACAACUUGUACCACUUCCUUCCUUGUCAACUCCAGAGUACUCUGAUCAGGAGCUCUCAGUAGGGAAGCAGAUAUCAGAAAAACGAUCAAGUGCUACCCAGUCUUCUCAAGCCAAUGAUCAGAUGCCUGUUAUAGAUGGUGAAGGUGGUGGAGCAUUGGUUUACGUGGAAAGUCGUCCACUACAUCGCUGUCCUACCUGCAGCAGGUGUUUCCAGUUCAAGCAUCACUUGCAGAGUCACAUGAACAGCCACAGUAACCUACGGCCUUAUGUCUGCCCUGUGUGCAGGAAAGCUUAUGCUCACUCGGGCAGUCUGAGCACUCAUAUGAAGCUGCACCAUGCGGAAAGCAGACCCAGGAAGAGCCUUUGCUGUGAGUUCUGCGAGAAGUCGUUUGGCUAUGUCGGUGUCUACUUCAGCCACUUGAGAGAGGUGCACAGAGUCAUACUCACUGUGGAGCCAUCCAUCAGUCAACACGAGGAAAACAUGCCUAUAGAAAUAUCUCCAGAGGCUGAUGAACAGGCCUCAGAACAUGUUGACCCAGUAGAGCUACAGAUUAAGUGUGGCCGCUGCCAGGCCAUCACACCUACCUUUGCUGACAUGAAGCUGCACUUGCUGUACGUGCACGGUGAAGAGGUCCAAGUGCGACUAAGAGAGGGGGCCUCGUGCAGAGGUCGCGAAGCAGAAGAUGAGCUGGUCAAACAUGCGGCACAUUACUGGAGACAGCUUAAUGAGAAACGCAAUCUAGUGCACUGCGGCACUUGCGACGAAGAAUUUAUCUCCUUUUCCAAGUUUAAACGGCACCUCCACUCUCACCAUCAAGGAGCCAGAGAGAGUCGAGAAGUGGAAGAGGAAGGGUUUGUAGGAAAGGACGACCAUGUAUUAAAGGGUUUGAGUAAAGCUUUAAUGUUGAGGGUGGGGUCCCACUUUAACUGCAUCCUUUGCAGUAAGGUGUUCAACAAGAAACAGGAAGUUAUGGAGCAUUGGGGAGCACAGCACAAUUGUGAAAACCCCACCCUUCUAUGGGAUGUCCUGGACUUUAAGGGGAAGAACAUGCCUAAUGAUGGGCCAAAUUAACUGCAAAUAAGGUAAAUUAUUAUUUUCUCCACGUGUCAACUGGGUAGUUCAUACAAAAUGCAGUUACAUGAAUGCAAAAACAGUCCACUAAUAGACUCACUCGUUAUGUUAUUUUCAAUGAUGUCUUUUGCACUUUUUUCUCUAUAUACACUACUGGUCAAAAGUUUUGAUACACUUGACACUUAAAAGUGUUUUGAUCUGAAGACGUAAGCUUAAAUGUUUGAAAUGAGUUUUGUAGACAAAAAUAUAUUUGUGCCACCAUAUUAAUUCUUUUAUUAUAAAACUAAAAUUUAAUUUAAAAAAAAAGGGGGGUUUUGAAAUUGAUGACUUGGACCAAAUAAUAAAGAAAAGCAGCCAAUAAGUGCCCAACAUAGAUGGGAACUCCUUCAAUACUGUUUAAAAAGUAUCCCAGGGUGAUACCUGAAGAAGUUGGUUGAGAAAAUGUCAAGAGUACAUGUCUGCAAAUUCUAGGCAAAGGGUGACUACUUUGAAGAUGCUAAAAUAUAACACAGUUUUGAUUUAUUUUGGAUUUUGUUUAGUCACAACAUAAUUGUUCCAUUUAUGUUAUUCCAUAGUAUUGAUGACCUUACUAUUAUUGUAAAAUGUGAAAAAAAAAAAAAAUUAUAAUAAAGAAUGAGUAAAUGUUUCAAAACUUUUGACCGGUAGUGUAUAUAAUCUCAGAUGUUGUUUUGUAAUGCUUGAAUGUUGUAAUGUUUAUUUGUGUAUGUUUUAUUUUUUUUUUUUUUUUUUUUUUUUUAUGUGUUUAAUGAAUAACAACAGCAUGAAGUACUGGCAUAAAACUCAAAUCUCCAAAAUUCCAUCACAAACAUUAUGAUGGCCCAGGUGCAGAGGUAAUAUAAAUGCAAUGUAAAUGAGAGACCCAAGGAGGAUAAUUAUAAUUUAUGGUUUUUGGAGACAUUGUGUGUAAGUGCUUCAGUUUAAUGAAUCAGGUGAAACAGGCUAACAAAGGCAGGCUCAUCAAAAAACAUAUUGCCACUCAGACAAAUUGAGAAUUUGCAAUACACUGAAUAUAAAUGGAGCAUGAUUAGCAUGCUUGAAAUAACAUUUGAACAUUUGAAGUAACAACAAAUUAUCAGUGACAUUUCACAAACACAUAUAUAUCAUCAUGCAAUUUCAGUCCUCAUUCCACAACUGCCAGAAAAACUCUGCCAAGAGUAAUUUGUCUUAGACAGAGGCCCACUAAUAAAGAUUAAAAAAUAUCCCUGAGAGAUUAAAAAAAAAAAAAAAAAAAAAAAACUGGUUUAGUAUGAAUGUGUAUGUUAAGAAUGUUCAGUGUUGUAUUAUUGGAUGGAUAUUUUAUAUAUUUGUAAAUAUUUUUCCUUGCAUGGUGAUGUAUUUAAAUGAUCUGUUUGUUUAAACAUUUGUGUUUCCAUUUAUAAUAUAUAUAUAUAUAU